AUGGACGAGUGUUACUGCGCACUAUGUGGAGUGUCUUUUGGCAUCUUGCCAGAUCUUUAUCAUGAUCGGGUGUCUGACGAUGAUGUAGCCUGGACCGAUUUCUUUCUUUUACUCAGACAGCAUCCACAGUCUGAAAAUGCUGGCAACGCUGCUGUAUCAUCAUAUUUUCGUUCUGGUAUUGGCUGGACAAUAUCGUUGAAUAACGCACGCGCCCCCCCUCUUGGCCAUGAUGCGAGGGGAUUGGACGAUGUACAAUUGCGGACUCAAGUCAACGAUGACCAUGAUAGAGUCGCACCCUACACGAGCCGGGACACCGAGUGCGAGGUUGCCUUCCCGUUCCAUGCCGCCUGCUGGGACCUUUUCGUACAGGAAUUUGCCCUGCUGGCGAAAGGAGAUAACGUAAACCCGGAUCUAGAUGCACUAGGGCGGCUACUGUCCUCCCAGACAUUGGAAGACGAAGGUCGCGGUCUGCAUCCCGACUGGGUUGAGGACUAUGGUGGCCCAGAAAUGUUUUGGUCCGAUGGAUGGGCCGAUCAUCCAGAGCCUGAAGCCUCGAACGUGGCCGGCAUCUUGGAUUCAUACACACAACUCGAUUAUUUGGUCAUGGAUCCCUUCAAGUUAUGCGAGCAAGUCCAAGAAAUUUGCGAUGAGCCGCCGGUCCUAGUUUCUAUUCAAGGUCAGGCGUCUGUUGGCAUCAAUGGCCCUGGCAAUUGCUAUUUUUCUCGCUUCCCUAUGGAGAUACUCACUUACAUCAUCUCUUUCCUCCCGACACCAUCUGUUCAUACUUUCCGAGCUGCUUCGAGGGCCAUUGCAUGGAUCAACCUCGAUUCCACAUUCUGGCAUUCGCGGUUCCUAUUCCCAAAUGAAUUCAGCCAUGUCUUUAAACCCUCUAUCCAAAGUGUCACUAAGUCGAACCAAUCUCCCAUCGACUGGAAACGCCUCUACAAGAGAGUGUCUUCUAUUGUUGCAGAUGACGAAUAUACAAAGAACAGGCAGCGGAUAUGUAGACUGAAUCAACAGCUUCUGCUGAGGAUGAGGUCCUGUGCGGGUAUUCCCAAGGCAGUAGAGAGCAAGCGUGGCUCUUUGACACCAGUCUUCUUUUGCCGUCAAAAAAUCAAGAUUCCAGGCAUCCAAAUCACCAGUGAACAAUCUAUUCUCUUCCACCAGCUUACCCCCCCUGAACACGAUCCACCGCAUUUCAGCUCAUUUCUCUUCACUGAAGGGCCGCCCGGUACUGCGAGGGAUAGUAUUUCAUGA